AUGUCGUUAGAGCGCUUUGAGAAGAAGCAGCUCAUUUCCCCAAGGACUUUGCCAAAUACCGAAGCAAGUGGGAGGAGCUUCCCCCUCAACCAGCCAUCAGGCGACUAUAUGUCCUGGCCAAGCCCUAUCAAGCGGCCUCCAGUCAAACAAGAGUCCUAUGAAACAGUAUCAACGCCGACCGGUGAUGCUUCGUCUGGAGAUAUAUGGUCUUUUGUUCCAGCAUGGGUCCAGAACAGUUUCAGAGGUCCGCAGUUCGUUCCCGGCCAUUUUAUCCUAGUGGCCACCUCCCAGAGAUCCCCAUUGCUCAAAUGGGAGGGCCCGGACAUUAUGAGUGCCUCAACUGGUAUACACGAUGUUUUCCAACACAUAAGGGAGAAACUGGGAGUAUACUGGAUGGAGUGGAUCGAACUACACAUAACCGGAUUCUCUCCACUGCACUUUCCUCCGCGACCAGCCUGGGGGCAUGACCAAACUUUUCACGAAAACAUCAGUACAUAUCUGUCCGACCGUGAUGCUCUUGUAGCCGUGCGUGAUGACAUUAUACGCUGCGAUAAGGCCCACAAUACUCCUUACGUUCAGGUAAUCAUCCGUGUUCCUCCACCACGUCUACGGUGGCUGGCGUAA